AUGGGUCGGCUGGUGGUGGUGUCUGGGCUGACACAGACUCUGGUGGUGUCUGGGCUGACACAGACUCUGGUGGUGGUGUCUGGGCUGACACAGACUCUGGUGGUGGUGUCUGUGUCUGUCUGGCUGACACAGACUCUGGUGGUGGUGUCUGGGCUGACACAGACUCUGGUGGUGGUGUCUGGGCUGACACAGACUCUGGUGGUGGUGUCUGGGCUGACACAGACUCUGGUGGUGGUGUCUGGGCUGACACAGACUCUGGUGGUGGUGUCUGGGCUGACACAGACUCUGGUGGUGGUGUCUGGGCUGACACAGACUCUGGUGGUGGUGUCUGGGCUGACACAGACUCUGGUGGUGGGGAGACUGUGGAUCCUGAGGCUGUGGAGGAUCCUCCACAAACUUCAGUCUGGACCUGGUCCUAGAUGUGAGUCCCUCAAGAGUGACCGGUCUAAGGAGUUACCAUGGAACUUCAGGAGUGACUGGUCUAUGGAUAAACGAUGGAACUUCAGGACAGUAGCGGCUGCAGAUGUCUCCACUGGUCCGCACCAUGGCUCUCACCUGGUCUCCAUAUUUAAGCACCUGGAGAAGAACCUCUCCACUUUUUUCCAGGAGGAGCUGAAGAAGUUCCUCAGGCUUCUGAGCACAGAUUACCCAGAAUGCUUAGAGCCUGUGGAGGAUGAGGAGCAGAGGAGCAGCAGUGAGGCGCUCCUGAAGAUCACACUGAACUUCCUGAGGAGGAUGGAUCAGAAGGAGCUGGCUGAGCGUCUGUGGAGCAGGACUUAUUCUGGACGUUCUCAGCGUAAACUGAAGGUGGAUCUGCAGCAGAGGUUUGAGUGUGUGUUUGAGGGCAUUGCUAAAGCAGGAGCCCCCACCCUCCUGAAGCAGAUCUACACCGAGCUCUACAUCACAGAGGGAGGCUCUUCAGAGGUCAACCAGGAACAUGAGUGGUCAGCACUGGCCUUCAUCUUACUGUCAUCAGAAGAAGAUCUGGACCAGUUUGAGCUGAGCAGAUACUGUGCUUCAGAGGAGGCUCUCCUGAGGCUGCUGCCAGUGGUCAAGGCCUCCACCAAAGCUCUACUGAGCCGCUGUGAGCUGUCAGACAGAAGCUGUGGAGCUCUGGCCUCAGUCCUCAGCUCCCAGUCCUCUAGUCUGAGAGUCCUGGAUCUGAGUCACAACGACUUGAAGGACUCAGGGCUGAAGCUGUUGUCUGAUGGACUGAAGAGUCCUCACUGUAAACUGGAGACGCUCAGUCUGUCAGGUACAGAGGAGGUGGGUACAGAGGAGGUGGGUACAGAGGAGGUGGGUACAGAGGAGGUGGGUACAGAGGAGGUGGGCACAGUGGAGGUGGGUACAGAGGAGGUGGGUACAGAUGAGGUGGGCACAGUGGAGGUGGGUACAGAGGAGGUGGGUACAGAGGAGGUGGGUACAGAUGAGGUGGGUACAGAGGAGGUGGGUGCAGAGGAGGUGGGUAAAAAGGAGGUGGGUACAGAGGAGGUGGGUGCAGAGGAGGUGGGUACAGAGGAGGUGGGUACAGAGGAGGUGGGUACAGAGGAGGUGGGUACAGAGGAGGUGGGUACAGAGGAGGUGGGUACAGAGGAGGUGGGUGCAGAGGAGGUGGGUACAGAGGAGGUGGGUAUGAGGAGGUGGGUACAGAGGAGGUGGGUGCAGAGGUGGUGGGUGCAGAGGAGGUGGGCACAGAGGAGGUGGGUACAGAGGAGGUGGGUACAGAGGAGGUGGGUACAGAGGAGGUGGGUACAGAGGAGGUGGGUACAGAGGAGGUGGGUACAGAGGAGGUGGGUACAGAGGAUGCAUGUGUGUGUGAUGGGAUUAUGA